GAUAUUUGUACGGUUUGGACGAAAGAAAAAAUACAAAUAAUAUGAUGUCUUCGUCGACGACUACAGCCGGCCAUCUAAACGGUGGCCACAAAUUGGACACCAAUGGCGGCGUCGGUAAUGUUGGCACCGGUAGUUCAAGUGGACUGUCCAAACUUGGUUGUGCAUUGGCCACACAGUUACAGUUGACUGCCGCCAAAACUAGCGGAACGUUGGCUUCGCUAACCCACCGGCUAUCCAGACAACCAAAUGGUAAUGGCAUACUAGCAAUGGACGCCAAACUAAACGGCGGCCAAUUGGCAUCGCUGCCCACUAUUGCCGUACAAAAAAUCCCAAUAAAUCAUAUGUCCAAAGAGGAACAGGAUCAGAUUGUCGGGUCGGUGCUCAGUACCAAUGGUACCACCAAUGGCUCCAAGUAUGGCAGUGCUGGCAGCAGCAGCACCAGUAGUAGUGGCAGUGGCAGUGGUAGUAGUAUUAGUCUAAUUGGCAAAGAUUAUCGUAAUGGUAUCAAUGGUGGUGGUGGUGGCAGUGCCAUCAAUGGUCAUAGCCAUCAUCAUCAUCACCAUAACCAUAGCCAUAGACCAACUAAUGGCAAGAUCUAUGAUAGCGAUUUGAAUGGCGAAAACAGGGAAAACAUGGGUGCCAUCAAUGAGCCGUCAAAGAGUCACCGAUUGGAUCCAUUGGGACAUAAGCUACCUCUCACUCCAAACGAAACUCUACGGUAUUACGGCUUACGUAUGAAUGCCUACGAGAGGACAGAGGUUAGCCAUUAUCCGGAGGUAUGGUAUCUGGGAAUGGAUGCCAACAAAGUUAUCGGUGAAGACAAUGCCCAACACAAUCAUGGAUACGAUGAUGAAAACGGUUCAUAUGUUAAGGUUCUCCAUGAUCAUAUAUGCUAUCGAUAUGAGAUACUUGAGGUGAUAGGGAAGGGUAGCUUUGGACAAGUGAUCCGAGCCCUGGACCACAAAACCAAUCAGGAGGUGGCCCUCAAAAUCAUCAGAAAUAAAAAGAGAUUUCAUCAGCAGGCACUGGUAGAGGUUAAAAUACUGGAGCACAUAACCAAACGUGAUCGGGACUGUUGUCAUAAUGCUAUACAUAUGUUGGACUACUUUUACUUUCGUAACCACCUGUGCAUCACAUUUGAAUUGUUGGGUGUCAAUCUAUAUGAGCUAAUCAAGAAAAACAAUUACCAGGGAUUCAGUAUCAAUUUGAUCCGCAAAUUUGCCCAUUCAUUAGUACAAUGUCUACGAUUACUAUACAAGGAAAACAUCAUUCACUGUGAUUUAAAGCCAGAAAACAUACUAUUGAAACAAAAGGGCAGUUCACAGAUCAAAGUCAUUGAUUUUGGUAGCAGUUGUUUUGCACACCAACGCGUCUAUACAUAUAUACAGUCGAGGUUUUAUAGGUCACCAGAGGUCAUAUUGGGUCUACCAUAUGGCACAUCUAUUGAUAUGUGGAGUUUGGGCUGUAUUUUGGCCGAAUUAUAUACGGGUUACCCGAUAUUUCCCGGUGAAAAUGAGGGUGACCAACUAUUGUGCAUUAUGGAAAUUAUCGGUACGCCCCCGAUAUCUGUAUUGGAAGCAUCGACCCGGCGCCGUUUAUUUUUUGAUUCAAAAGGAAAUCCUCGAAAUACGACAAACAGUAAGGGAAAGAAACGCAAACCCGGAUCCAAGCCCUUAAGUCAGGCGCUUAACUGUAAUGACAACGACUUCAUUGACUUUCUUAGCCGAUGCCUGGAGUAA